AUGUCAACUGGAUCCGCAGAUAGUGGAGUUUUCUCAUCUGGAGUCCAUGUAUCAUCCCCCAGUAAUAGUCAGCGGAGUGAAGGAUCAUCAGCUGGAUCACAGAGUGGACCUCCCAGUCCAACGUCUCAUUUAAAUUCAUUAUUAUUCGAAACUGCAAAUCUGAUUGCGGUGAAUGAACAGCUGAGAAAGGAAAUUGCCGAACAUAAGCAGAUUCAAACGAUUCAAAUGAGAGCAAUGGGAAGGUUACCAACGAAUCCAGCUGACAAUAUUCAAGCAUUCGGAGGGUCUCCUCUCGUUUCGCCACACGGUUUUCCUCAACGUGCACCACGCGGGGAACGACGAAUGCAGAAACCAGAAUCCUACAAGACUGUCAUCUGUCAAGCUUGGCUUGAAUCAAAGACUUGCACUUUCGCAGAGAAUUGUCGAUUUGCACACGGAGAGGAUGAACUUCGUCCGUCCAAAAUUGAGCCCCGUCAAAAUAACAAAUACAAGACAAAAUUGUGUGACAAGUACACUACAACUGGAUUGUGCCCUUAUGGAAAACGAUGCCUCUUCAUUCAUCCAGAUCAUGGUCCGAAUGCUUACAUUCGAUCAGAUAAACUAUACGAGGUCUCACAACGUCAUGCUUUAGCAGAUCUUCGUGACCAUAUGGAAACACAAAUAAUGACAGGAAAUGGGAAAAGUGUCUUCAGUCACUUGCCUCCAUCGGUUCCUGAAAUGCAACAACUCUCUUCAAAGCCAAUUCCCGAUUCGAGAAUCCCUUCGAUAAAUCGGAAUUCCAUGAGAUCUCCUCCGCCACAAAUGAAUUGUGAAUCGACGCGACCACCACAUCCAAGUUGGCCAUUGGAUACGUCUUCUUUCUUUUUACCACCUGAAACAUCCAUUAAUAAUAACAACCAUUCGAUGAGUCCAUUCGAUUCAGCAUUCUCCGGAUCUGCUAGUAUUCAACCUUACUUUGUGACAGCAAAACAAGGUGCUCAGUUUUCUUCGAUGUCUCACAAUUCUCGUUCUCAACAGUCCGACGAUGAUUCAAUGUCAACAAUUCCUGGAUUCGAUCAUCUUGCAGAAGACAUGGCAAGACAUCUCGAGCUUUGGUGA